UCAUCCUCUUUUUCUUCUUGCCGUUUGCUGUGAGUGCUUCUCGGGAGGUGUGCGGGGGGUAGGAGGGGUAAUCCAAGGCGCCGGCCGCGCGUCCUCCGCGCCUCGUAGCCAUGCCUCGCAAAAUUGAAGAAAUCAAGGACUUCCUGCUCACAGCCAGGCGCAAGGACGCCAAAUCUGUCAAGAUCAAGAAAAAUAAGGAUAAUGUGAAGUUUAAAGUUCGAUGCAGCAGAUACCUUUACACUUUGGUCAUCACAGACAAAGAGAAGGCAGAGAAACUGAAGCAGUCGCUGCCCCCAGGUUUGGCAGUGAAGGAGCUGAAAUGAACCAGACGUGCUGAUCUGAACUGGAUUAAAAUUUUAAAAAUUC